CGCAUAGCGAUGUUCAAACCCAGCCACAAUGGGAGGCUGAACCGAAGCAACAAAAGGAGGAAGUCACCUUUGUAAGUGAAGUAAAGCUCACCGGUGGUUAUAUUACCUGACAGUCAAACAGAGGACACAGACAGUCGCUGCUGCGCGUCAAGGAAUAUGGCAAAGGCUGCGGGUAAAGGCAACUUAAAACCACAUUUGAACCAGAAUGGCUAUCACAGCAGGAGAGAGAAAAAUGGCCCAGGGACUGGUGUCGCCUCCAGGCAGCACAGGCACGAGUCCUUUGAACAGGCCCCCAUGUACGUGGCUGUCCUGACAUACCUGGGCUUUGGCAUUGUCACACUGUUUGGCUACCUCAGAGAUUUCCUCAGAGCCGUGGGCUUAGAGAAGUGCCACCUUGCCCAGGAAAGAGUGGAACAGAAGGCUUUCAUACCUCUUUAUCAAGAUUUUGAGAAUUUUUACACUCGAAACUUGUACAUGAGGGUACGAGACAACUGGAACCGCCCCAUAUGCAGCCUGCCGGGACCUGUAUUUGACCUGAUGGAGAGAGUGUCCAAUGACUACAACUGGACCUUUAGGUUUACAGGGAGGACCAUACCCAAUGUUAUCAACAUGGGCUCUUACAACUACCUCGGUUUUGCUGAGAACAAUGCUGAUUUCCUGAAAACGGUGGCAGAGACGACACGCCAGUAUGGGGUUAGUGUCUGCAGCACAAGGCAGGAAAUAGGUAACCUGAGCAUUCAUGAAGAGCUGGAGCAACUUGUGGCCAAUUUUCUCGGAGUAGAAUCUUCCAUGACGUUUGGGAUGGGUUUCGCCACCAACUCGAUGAACAUUCCAGCACUUGUUGGCAAGGGUUGUUUGAUACUGAGCGAUGAGCUCAAUCACACAUCUCUCAUCUUAGGGGCCAGACUGUCAGGAGCGACCAUCCGCGUGUUCAAGCACAACAACAUGCACAGUCUGGAGAAGAUGCUGAGAGAGGCAGUGUGCUCUGGGCAGCCGCGAACCCACAGGCCCUGGAAGAAGAUUCUCAUCAUGGUGGAAGGCAUCUAUAGCAUGGAGGGCUCAGUGGUGCGACUUCCUGAGAUCAUCGCUCUGAAGAAAAAGUACAAAGCAUAUCUGUACCUAGACGAGGCCCACAGUAUCGGAGCAGUGGGACCAUCGGGGAGGGGCGUGACCGAGCUGUUUAAUGUGAACCCUACUGACGUGGACGUGAUGAUGGGCACCUUCACCAAGAGCUUUGGGGCUGCUGGAGGCUAUAUCGCAGGGAAAAAGGAGUUGGUAGACUACCUGCGCAGUCACUCUCACAGUGCAGUAUAUGCCUCGGCCAUGUCCCCUCCUGUCACUGAGCAGAUCAUACGCGCCAUGAAGUGCAUCAUGGGAAAAGACGGGAGCACAGAGGGCAUUAGACGGAUCCGCCAACUGGCAGAGAACACCAGAUACUUCAGGGCCAGACUGAAGGAGAUGGGCUUCAUCAUCUACGGCAAUGAUGACUCACCUGUGGUUCCCAUCCUGCUCUACAUGCCAGGCAAAGUGGUGGCUUUUGCUCGAGAAAUGCUGGAGAGGAAAAUUGGUGUUGUAGUGGUCGGCUUCCCGGCUACACCGAUUACAGAGGCCCGAGCUCGCUUCUGUCUGUCUGCAGCACACACCAGAGCCAUGCUGAACCAGGUGCUGCACCAUCUGAACGAGGUGGGAGACACUCUCUGCCUGAAGUUCUCACGGCUGAAAUAUACCCCCAGUCCUGACCUCUAUGAUGAGACAGACUUUGAGCUGGACAGCUGAUAUGACCCCUGACACCUUCAUUUCACAGUGUCAAAACCAAGUGUCCACGCCGCAGCAGACCCGUAAACACACAGUGCAGUGUAACACCCACGUCUCACUUCACGAGAGGCAGCCAAAUGUUUAGCAGCUGCUUUUUAUACGUUUGUACAACAUUUUGAUUUGACAGAACACUUAUUUUUGCUUCCUUACAAGAGACUCUAUUUGAACUAUUUAAAUGUUUUAUUUCUAAAUACAUAUAUAUGUAAAUACAAACAUGAAAUUGUUGCACAGGCAUUGCAGGAUUGGUGUCAAACUCAAAUGCGUUGUAAAAUAUUUUGAGUCAUUUAGCCUUUUAUAUUGAGACAUCAUUCUAAAUACUUGUUUCUAUAUUAAGCACUGAAAACUGCUUAUCAUAAUUUAUUGUCAUCAUUUACAGUAUGUAGGAUUUAGGGAGUAUAUAUUGGCAGAAAUGUAUGUUUUCUUUUGUUACCUUAGAAUGAGCCAUUUAUAUCUACACAGGAAGCAGGUCCUCAUCCACAAAGUCCGCCAUGUUGCACUGCCAUGUUUCUACAGUAGACCAGAAUGGGCAAACCAAACACUGGUGCUAGACAGGGCCAUCUGCGUUUUAGUGUUGGCCUCCGUAGUUAGCAUCUCCUCCGUGAUGAGCCGAACAGCCUCUGAGAAACACUGAUAUGUAAUGUGAAACUGCUUUAUUCAGUGUUUUCAGUGAUUCACAGCUGAUGGAUCGCGGUCCAAAAGUGGGCCAUGGGUCCAUUCUGAAAAGACCGCAAGUCACUUGCAAACACUGUUUUUAAGUAUAGUGAAUUUCCUGCACAGAGCUUUUAUUUUGAAGUGCCAUUUCCUGCGACUUAACAGAGACAAACUAGCUGGGCAACAUGGCCAAAGGCAAGUAUGAUGCUGUAUAUAUUACACUGUUUGGACCUUUAACUAGUGUCUAAGGAGAUAUCUGGACACCAUGGCUGGACUGAUUUAAAUCACCAGAGAGGAAGAGACCUCUGCAGUUAAUCGGCUCCCACUAAAAACCUCCUGAACAAUAAACCCUGAAGGAAUUUUAACCGGGAGAAUUUUCUGCUGGUUGCAACCUGCAAUCCUCACUGCUAGAUGUCACUAAAUUCCCUUAAAUCCUACAUACUGCUCCUUUAAAAGAUGCCAGUGGUGGUCAUUAUUGGAGAAUAAUGCACAGACUUUCAGAAUUUGAUGUGAGGAGUCCCAUUUACUUCCUGUACAUGGAGAAGUAUUUAAAAGUUAUGGAAAAAGCAUUUGUAGGUUGACAUUUCCCCUGUAGCGUACUGCUGCAUUGCUAAAAUAUUAUGUAUAUUGUGCUUCUUAAAAGUCCUGAACCUUCCCUUUGGAACUGCAUUCAUUUCCUGACACAUGAUUAUUUUCACUACUCAAAGCUGAAGUGAUUGAGCAAACGAUGACGAAGAUGCCUGUUGUGUUCCACAGUGAACUGUUUUUGUAAAACUUUCCUCAGUGCAACACCACUUUGAUCUCCACAGCAAAUCAUAACCUUCCUGUAAAUAAUAGAUCACACAACAAUUACUUAACUACUGAGCUAAAUCUCAACAAACCCCGUGCGAGAAAAAAGGUGUUAUGGCUUGUUUCGUGGCGAGACUUCUCAUCAUCACCAAGUCUUAACAGCUUAAUUGUUGAUGUUUUAAAGACCCGCUGUUCUUCUUUCACACACAGACUAUGUAACAGUCGUGAAGGUAAGCAUGCAGAGUAUGCGGCACCUGAGCCAACAGAAACCUAACCUGGCAAUUAGCGCUGAACUCUAAAUUCUCGUGGUAUGGGGUAAUCAUUUGAUUAACACAGGAAGGAUUAUAGAUGGAUGAUAAAUGUGUUUUCACAAUGUGUCAGAUUGGGUCUAGUCGACACUUGUUUGCCCUCAGGACGUUACCGUGUUUGUGCUUUUUUUCCUCCUCAUAAACAACAUAGUGAUGACAUUUUACAACAUGGAACUAAAAUGCAAUAUGCAAAUCUUUGGGAAAAACAUGUUGGAUGAACUGUAAACAUAAGAAAUUAAAGAAAAAAAAACUAAAAGAGAAAACUAUUGAAAUCUCUGGACCAUACCAGAUCAUUUUGUUCUGUAAGUGAAUAUUCACAUCUGGCUCCUAUAGCCAGAAACAAUAGAAAACAGUUUUGUUAAUCCUCGAAUCUGUGAUGUCAUACCAAUGUGCUGCUCCAUGAUGAUCUGGAGGAGAUGGGGAAAGGUGGCCUCAAAUGUUGCAUUGACAUCCUCAGGGAUGUCUGUUAUUAAUUUGUGUUUACUUUCACCUUUUUAGUCUAAAUGUGAACAUUCUGAAAUGCAUUGUGGGUUCACAGUAGAAGACAGAUGUGUGUAAAGUGAAACUCAAAAGCCUGAAUUCAUUCUCAGACAUAGCUCAACGCGCCACAGACGGAGCGCUCAGAUACUCACCUCCACUGUGAUUAUGCAGAAAGGCAAACUCUAACUUGCUGAAAUUUUACCAGCAACAUUUUUGUGCAGAUGCACAGCAGGGAGAAUGCUUGUUCCAGGAAUCUCACGUUGAGAGUGAAAUAACAUUCAAAGAAGAUGUAUUGUUGGCUUUUUGAACUGGUUUUUGCUUUAGUCAGACUUCAGACUUAAAGGGACAGUUCACCCCAGAAUCUGAAACACAUUUUCUCUUACUUGUAGUGGUAUUCACCAAUUGAGAUUGUAAUUACACAGUGUUGGAAAUAUCGGCCAUCUGCCUUCUCUUGAAUAUAAUGGAAUUUUCUCUUUCUUGAAAUCAUGAUGUGAGUACACAAGCAAAUCUACAGACCUUGUUUUGAGCAGUUUCAUGUUGGAGCUACUACACUUGCUAAUUGUAUCACCGUGCAGAAGGAAGUGUGCAUCUACUUAUGGUAGAGAGGUUCGUGUUUAUGACGGCACAAGAAGUAAACAAUGUUCUCCUCCUCGGCUAAGCUGUAGCAGUAGCUAGUUUAGUGAUGCUAGGUAAGGCAUUAGUAGAUGCACACUUCCUUCUGCAUGCUACGCACAAAAUGCAGCCUGAAAGAGGCGUACGCCACUUCCCACGCAAAAGUUGUGAUCUAUAAAAACAGACUUGAUGGGAGAAACUUUGACCCACAAUUAUUAACAUUUUUGGGAUGGGAACUUUGCGACGCAGAUGGUGAGGAGAAAGCCUGAUUGUAGAAACUGUCUAAUAUUUUUUGGCACAAACCUUUUUUUGCUUUUGUCUGCAGGUAUAUUUUUAGUAUGGAUCCUGCACGUUGUUUUAUAAUUUAGACCCCAGGUCAUGGUUUCUUGAAAGAGACACUGCUGUUGAAUCUUUCUAUUUUAUUUUUGUGGCACUUUGAGCACAAUAAACUGAGUGCCAUCUAGUUUCUUUUUAUUCAAGAGAAGGCAGACAUCUCUACGGCCAAUAUCUUCAACACUCUGCAACUCAUCCCAAAAUGAUGUAGGUUAAAAGAAAAAGAACAGUUAGAGGAAAAAUGUGUGUUUUUGAUUUAAGAUUGAACUGUCCCUUUAACAUGAGCUGUAAGUCAUCACAAUGACUUCUGCACAGCAAACUUGCAUGGUUAAUUGAUGGAUGCCUUUUUAACCCCAAACUUGUGUGUACAAUUGCAAAUAUGUCUUUACCUGUGCAGAACCCUUCAUAUCAAAACAGCCAACUAAUUUCAUCAGUCUUUUAGAAACAAUUUUUUAUUAUCAAAUGUUGUAUGGACCAUAUAUUCGAGAGGUGUCGAUUUCAGCUGGCCAGUGAAGCAAAGAGACUAAGUAUCGUAACACACACUGGCUGUCAGGGAAGGUGGGAAGCACGUGUCUUGCCAAACUUCCCUCCAGUCACUUCUAACUGCCCUCAGUUUCAGCAGAAGUGGCAAAUGGUCUGUGCUGGCAUUCAAAACAUCUGUGCAGCCUGACUACUGGUGGCAAGGCCCCAGAGACCUGCCUGCCUGCACCAGCCUCUUUUGAACUGCAGAUCCAAAUACACUGCACUUAUUGGAAUGGCAUGUAGCUGCUAUUCUGAAGGGGGAUCCUCUGCUACGCCUUUGAUGUCCACCACUGUGUCCAAAGCAGGCAAGCCAUUCUCUCUGCACUCUGUUUUCCAUUUAGACAAGAGAUUUUUCUAUUCUGGAAAGGGAUUUUUGAAGUAAGGCAGACAAAGAACAGAUUUACAUGGUUUAGACAGCUAUGCUGUGCCUGGUGUAAGUAAGACUGUAACUGAGGACUGGAGGAUACCACUUGUUAAUGGAGAGCAUAAUGAAAUAGUGUGGUGUAUUUCAAAUAGUAGAGAAAUUAAGCGGGAGCAUUUUCUAUGUAUUUUAGACUAAUUCAGACAUUUGUUAUAAUCUCAUAUUUGUGGGAUAGUUUGGGCAGCUUUGUUCAGGGUAUAGGGGUAUCAGUGACUGAAUAUGAUAUGAUAUCUGCUAUAUCAUUCAUCCAAACUGUUGAAUUACUCCAUCCUGCUCAUCGGUAUCUACUGCCAUUCUUUACAAUAAGUGAGAUGACACUAUGACCAGUUUAACUCACUUUGCUUUCUCGCACCUAUGGGCAUCAGAUGGGCACAUUUGAGUUAUAUCUCAGCUGAACUAAGUUCAGGGCCUCAAAAUUAAGACUCAUAACACCCAGAGCUGUAGAGUGAAAUGAAUGAUGACUGUGUGUGUUUUCUUUGGCUAUUCUUUGGAUAUUUAACACAUUUAAAACACAGGCUGGUUGAUACAGAAACUGUGAUGAAGGGAAAAAUGAAAUUAGACAAAUAAAAUUUAACUCAUAUGGCAUGCCACAACAGAAGUUUAAUUUGUUUGGCUCUGCUGCUGUUUCACUGUCAUGGCCCUGCUACAGCUGCGUUACGCGCCAUUUGGCCGCAGCAUCAAGGAUAACGCAUGAGCACAAUCAAAUAUGUGUAUACAUGGUUUUAUCCCAGCUGGAAUGACACCGACAAAUAAUCAGUGACACUAAUGAGAACUUGUUAGUCGUCGUCAGUAACAUUAUUGCUCCACGUGUGCCCAAACUGAGUGUACCGACUUCAAAGGUGACAAGCAAUAUCAUAUGCAUGGUAGUCUCCAUGCCUCGGGGCUCAGUGAACUGUCACCCACGCUGAAGCCGCAGCAUCCCCGCUUGGUGCAUAAUUUGACACAGCGACCUGUCCUUUGAAGCGGACAAUAAAAAAGUCUCACGAGGGCUAAUCACAUUACGCACCAUUUGUCUCGCUUAAGUGAAGUGUUACAGCACCUUCCGCAGAAGCGUUUUAAUCAACCACUGAGACAAAGCUGCUGCUGCUGCACACAUGUCAACAGGAGAGGCAGACCUCCUGUAAGGCGCCUCCGGGUGUCUUCCUCCGCGCUCAGAUGCGCCUAUGUGCCCAGUGCGCCUCCGGGGACCGGGACCACCAGGGUUACUUGAGGUUCUUUCAGGAAGUCUUUAUUUUGCAGUGGCACCUUUUUUUAAUAAUACAAUGCUGGGAUGACUCAACUUGAUUCGUG